CCUCCUCCGCCGCAGGUUCCAGUCCAUCCUCUUGUGAUGGCCAACAGGGUUGACGCUGAUGGGGUGUCGCUUUCUGAUGUCAACAUGAAGGGAUUUAUCUCUGAUAUGUUUAUUGCCGAAACCGAUACAUCAUCCAUCAUAAUCGAAUGGGCGCUCGCAGAAAUGCUAAGGAACCCAACCAUCCUGCAGCGAGCUCAAGAUGAGAUGGACGAAGUAAUCGGGAAGAACCGCAGGCUUGAAGAGUCUGACAUGCCAAACCUUCCCUACUUACGUGCCAUCUGCAAAGAGGCAUUACGACUGCACCCUUCCACGCCGCUCGGCGUCCCACACUACACCUUCGAGGCAUGCGAGGUGGAUGGCUACCACAUCCCCCCAAACACACGGCUCAUCGUCAACGUAUGGGCCAUCGGGAGAGACCCCGAUGUGUGGGAGCAUCCCCUGGAGUUCAAGCCGGAGAGGUUCUUAAGCGGUAGAAACGCCAAGAUUGAGCCACUGGGGAACGACUUCGAGCUGAUACCUUUCGGCGCCGGGAGAAGGAUCUGCGUCGGAAUGCAUGCAGGACUCAUCAUGCUGCAGUACGGGCUCGGGUCUUUGUUGCACUCAUUUCAUUGGAAGCUUGCCGAUGACGUAGAGGAGCUCGACAUGAAGGAAAAAUUUGGCGCCGUGCUUCCCAAGGCAGUGCCUCUCAAGGCUGUAGUUAAACCACGCCUCCUCGAAAGUGCCUAUAUGUGA